UUUGAAUGACAGACAUUCAGAGAGAAUCUGUUCUCUCUCACUUUUCUGCAGCAGCCUCUACACUGCCUGUGCUGAGUGCCUGCCCUCUGCUGGUUUCUGUUGCCUGUUUUUGUUAAAGGUCUCACAGAGCAGUACCAGUAGGGGGCGCUGAAGUGUCGGACUGACUGCAGACCUCCACACCUCUCCAACACAGCCGCACUUUGCGCACCGGGAGUCAGGAUCCACACAAAGGUUGUGCGCCAUCCCUAAACCCUGAGGAGUAAACUGGCUUUCUUUUUGUUCUCCCCCCUCAUCUUAUCUGAUUUGAAUUUUUAUAAGUGCAUCUUUUUUUCCUCUCCUGAACAAGAUCACAAUGCGUCACUCCACCGUGAUUUUUGUGACUUUGAUCAAACUGUCUUUUUGCCGCCCUGUGGUGUUUGUUUUCACGGUGGUUGUGGUUUUCCCCUUUGUGUUCGGGUGACUUUGCACUCAGUGUCACCCACAGGAUAGUUUCUCUUUGCAGCUCAUCAUAUCGUCUAUGGUUUGAUUUCUUUUCUUUUUGUGAAAUGCUGGAAGAUGACGAUUUGAGCUUUGGAACGAACCGGAGAUGUAUUUGGAACGCUUUUACGCACGGAGAACUCCAGACUGCUGCUGCUGCUGCUGCUGCUUGUCAGAGCCACGCAGAAGAAAAUGUGUCUGUAAGUUUGACACGGAACAGAAAAUAGAUGUGUGUGUUUUCCUGCUUGAAGAUUAUCUUGUAGCACACAUGGUUACGCGCAUAUGUUUGAAACUGAUGCGCACAUCGGUUGUGUGAAUCUGAUUUAUUCUGGCCAAUCAGAAAAUUACCUGAUAACAGGAUCAAGAUCAGAAUGUGUAGAUAACACAAAAACAGAAUCCUAAUAAUUAUAUUUGAAUUUGGCCUUCAGUGGGAGAAAAGGGCUUUGUUUUGCACGGAUUGGAUAUAGGUUUUACGCACAAGUGCCAUCCACAGACGCAGCAAUGACAGGAGGAAUGCGCAGCGCCAGGGGGCACGAGGACUAUCAGUGUGACUUCACCUGUCGGGGGCAGGCCUGGUCCCGUGAAUAGUCGCGGUGCCAGCAUGCCCUCUUGGACCAAUGACUCCGAGUGCCUCUCCUAUAACUGCAGCUGGGAGGAGACCUCCAACAGCAGCGCGGAGCGUCCUGCGCCUCCGCUCAACUAUUACUCCAUCCCGCUGCUCGCGGGCAUCACGGUCGCCUGCGCGCUGCUCUUUCUGGUCGGAGUGGCCGGAAACGUCAUGACCAUCCUGGUGGUCAGCAAGUACCGGGACAUGCGCACCACCACCAACCUGUACCUGUGCAGCAUGGCCGUGUCGGACCUGCUGAUCUUCUUCUGCAUGCCUCUGGACCUGUACCGCAUGUGGAGGUACAGGCCCUGGCGCUUCGGAGACGCUCUUUGCAAGCUCUUCCAGUUCGUGUCAGAGUCGUGCACGUACUCCACCAUCCUGAACAUCACCGCGCUGUCCGUGGAGCGCUACCUGGCCAUCUGUUACCCGCUGCGCGCCAAGGCGCUGGUCACCAAAAGACGCGUGCGCGCCUUGAUCUUCAUCCUGUGGACGGUGUCCCUCUCGAGCGCGGGCCCCGUGUUCGUUAUGGUGGGGGUGGAGAGGGACGGCCCGGACCUCGGAUCGUGGAUGAACGAGACGAGCUUGCUCGCGGACGUCGGGGACACCCGGGAGUGCAGGAUGACGCACUACGCCGUGGAGUCGGGCCUGAUGGGAGCCAUGGUGUGGCUGAGCUCCAUCUUCUUCUUCAUGCCGGUGUUCUGCCUGACUGUCCUCUACAGCCUGAUAGGCCGGAAGCUGUGGCAGAGACACAGGGAGACAAACAUGAGCUCUCGGGUGUCUUACAGGGACAAAAGCAACAGACAGACCAUCAAAAUGUUGGUUGUGGUGGUGUUGGCCUUCGUCCUGUGCUGGUUACCCUUCCACGUGGGUCGGUACCUGCAGUUCCGCUCCCUGGACGCCCCGUCCCCGUUGCUCUCCCUCCUGUCCGAGUACUGCAGCCUGCUGUCGGUGGUGCUCUUCUACCUGAGCGCCGCCAUCAACCCCAUCCUCUACAACACCAUGUCCUGGAAGUACCGGAGCGCGGCGGCGCGCCUCUUCGGCCUGGCGGACAGCCAGCCGAGCCGGUGCCGCACGGCCAGCACCCUGAAGGGGGACAGCUCCUAUGGCUGGACAGAAUCCACCGUGAGCUUGUAAAUCCGUCCACAAUCCAGGCCCCGAUUAUGAACUGAAAUAAAGCAAAAGGUCAACAAGCUUCAACACAUUUACAUUAUUAUUUUUUUAAAGGAAGGAAUGCAUAUAGAGCUGCCACUAGAUUAUUUUCAUAAUCGAUUAAUCACCGAUUAUUUUUUUCGAUUAGUCGACUAAUCAGAUCAUACAUUAAUUGAAUAUAAA